CAAUUUUGAAUAUUGAAUAAUAUAUAUUAUUAUAUAUAACUGAAUUACGAUUGAAAACAGAUCUAUUUGUUAUUAGGUACAUAAUACCUUGUAAUAAUAAUCUAUUUUAAUUUUUGAGUGUUUUGAAUUGACGUAUAGUGUUGUAAUACUAAGUAAGAUGACAAGACAUGCUAGAAACUGUACAGCAGGUGCUGUUUACACAUAUCAUGAGAAGCAAAAAGACGCUUCUCAGUCUGGCUAUGGAACUCAAAAUGAACGUGUUGGUAAAGACUCAAUUAAAAACUUUGACUGUUGUUCAUUGACUUUACAACCUUGCAGAACUCCAAUUGUUUCCCCUGAGGGUCACCUAUUUGAUAAAGAAGCUUUAUUGCAAUAUAUGAUUACCAAAAAAAAUGAAUACUGUCGAAAAUUGAAGGAGUAUGAAAAACAGAAACACAAGCAAGAAGAAGAAUUAGCUGAAUUAGGGAGAGCUGAACAGCAAUCCAAAGUCAAUGAUUUUCUUAAAAGAGAAAGUAUGGUGAAAAGACAAAAUGAUAUUUACAAAAUGAAAUCUCAAAAACGAUCAGAAAAAAAUGUAUCAUCUAUUUCAAACAUGGUUAAUGGUUUGGAUAAGCAUUUGCCAAGCUUUUGGGUACCAUCGGAAACACCUGAUGCUAAUAAAGCACCUAUGCAAAAACCAGAUAAAACUAUUUAUUGUCCAAUGAGUGGCAAACCAUUGAAGUUAAAAAACUUUGUGGAUGUGAAGUGGACUCUAGUAAAUGACCCUAGUGAUAAAAAAUCAUUAGCAGUUCGUGAAAAUCGUUACAUGUGUGCAGUGACUCAUGAUAUAUUAAGUAAUGCUGUACCUGCAGCCGUUAUUCGUACAACUGGUCAUGUGAUUACCAUGGAAUGUUUUGAGAAGCUAAUUAAAAAAGAUUGGCUACAUCCUUUAAAUGGAGAAAAAUUAACAGAAAAAGAUAUUAUACCUUUACAAAGGGGUGGAACAGGAUAUGCAACAACAAAUGUGAAUUUGCAAGGAAAAAACGCAAGACCAGUUUUACAAGCUUAAAAACAAUAUGAAUAUUUACAAUUUUUUAAAUAUUAGUAUAAGUUUACUAAUUAUAUUUAAAUAAUACAUUU